AUGUUCGAAAAAGCAAGAUACUUUAACCGCACCCUAGCCCUGGCGGCAGGCUUGAUUGCCGUGUCGACAUUUAACUAUGGCUUCGACAAUCAGGCCUUCUCGACGACGCAGGCCAUGGACUCUUUUACAAGGCAAUUUGGUGUCGUGGACGAGUCAACGGGGAAGUACGCUUUGGAACCAGCUUGGCUCUCGUUAUUUAACAGUCUGAAUUAUAUCGGGUUCGCCGCCGGCGUCAUCAUUGGGAGUAUGGUGUCCUCUCGCUGGGGGCGCCGAUGGUGUAUGUUUGUCAUGAGCUGCUAUGCGCUGGUGACGGCUACGAUUGCGGUCACGUCUAACACGAAAGAGCAAAUCAUGACUGCCCGUAUCCUCAACUAUAUCUACGUCGGCAUGGAGUUGGCUGUCGUACCGAUUUUCCAUCCCUGCGCCAGCCCGUGGACUCCUAGUCGGCACCUAUCAGUUUUCCUUGGUCUUCGGUGGCUUGUCAUUAACUCCAUCUGCUACGGAACGAGCAAGCUGCCCGAUAACCGAGCGUGGCGAAUCCCGCUUGGCAUGUUCUAUCUCGUACCCAGCAUCGUACUGUCCCUCAUCUUCUUCAUCCCCGAGUCGCCACGCUGGCUUCUGUAUAAGAACCGUGUCGAUGAAGCCAGGGUCAUGCUACAACGUCUUCGAGAAGGUGCUUUCUCCGACGAUGAGAUCGAGAACGAGUUUCGCGAACUGCAAUUUGCACUCAAUCAGGAAAAUGAACAGGGUCGAUUUAUCGAAAUAUUCCAGAGACGUAAUUUGAAGCGGACUUUCAUCGUCGUCCUAGUGAACUUUUUCCAGCAAGCCACUGGCCAGGCCUUCGCGUCGCAGUACGGUGCCGUCUAUGUCCGGUCGUUGGGCACGUUUAAUCCAGUACUUUUCAGUCUGAUGAACGCGGGUAUUAUCGUCGUCAUCACCAUAGCCAUACUAUUCCAGGCAGACCGAUUUGGAAGAAGGCCCCUGCUGAUGGUGUCGUCUAUUGCCUUGACAGGAGUUCUGAUGACUAUGGGAGGGUUGGGCAUUGAGCAGCCCGUCUCGGAAGCCAGGAAAAAGGGUAUCGUCGCGAUGGUAUCGCUGCUUGUUAUUAGUUUCUCGAUUGGUUGGGCGCCAAUGACCUUUGUGGUCGCGACCGAGGUACCUGCUCUGCGACUGCGUGACCACAGCUCCCGAUUAGGAUUUGGAAUGAAUGUGUUGUUCAACUUCCUAGUCAACUUCUCAAUUCAAUAUCUCAUUUAUGCGCCAUAUGCCGCUUGGGGCAGUAAGGUCGGAUUCCUCUUCGGCAGCUUGGCCGCGCUGGCCUUGGUGUUUACCUUCUUUUGCGUCCCCGAGUGCAAAGGCAAGACACUCGGACAAAUCGAUUUACUGUUCAGCAGUGGGGUGAAGCUGAGAGAUUUUGGAAAUAUUGACGCAGAAAGCAUGAUGGAUGCUGAGACGAACCACCUCGGAGGUGGCGGAAAGGGCGCGAUUGUGACUACCAAAGCUAACCACGUUGAGGAGGGUGUGCAACAUGAUGGGUAA